AAAAUAGAGUGAAAAUCUUUUUUUUUUAUAUCAAAACGGUUCCUUUUUAUACCUAAUUAUCUCUACCUUUUAAUCCAAGAAAACCCGUACAUUUUCGUGACGUGUACAGUUUUUGAUCUUUAUACAAAAUUGAUUUUGGACUUGUACGGUUAUCGAACUCACCGAUUGUAUACGGAUGGUGUUGUGGAUUCGACGCUCUUACUGAUAUAAAAAUGAUGUCUGAGUAGAACGCAUGAAAAGCUUUGUGGGGUUUUAACUUUAACUUCAUACUGUGCACGGUGCAGCAUUCUUGCAUACUAUAUACAUAUGAUAUGGUGAUUUUGGUAAUAAACAAAUAAACACUGUGGCAGCACUGACACGUGAACGUAUCGUUUAUAUCGUAAUACGGUAUGAUGACAUACGUUAACGAGUGACAAGCGUACUCGAUCGAAAUGUCAUUCCUACACCAACUGUCAACCGAACGCGAGCGACUUUAGGCAAAAAUGUCUAGUUUUAGUAAACUAAACCCUACUCAGAAGGAUGUAAUGGCUGAGUUUAUGACCGAGCACCCGAAUUUGGCCCAGAACAAUUUUUCCAACUCGGUACAAGGCAGAGCUACAUCGGCUAGACUCUGGGAGGAGCUUUCUAGGCGUUUAAAUGACGUAGGCCCACCAAUUAAAGAUUCCAGGACGUGGAGAAAGGUUUUCGCCGAUCAAAAAUAUCAUGCAAAGAAAAAGCUCUUCUUGAAUAAGGCAUCUAAGCACCGAGGCUCUUAUGGCGAGAAGGUUAUUACUGCCUCUGAGGAGAUGAUAAUUGAGGCCGCCGGACUGAAAGCUUGUGUUGAAGACGACCAAUGUUUGGAAGAGUUAGGAAAUUCACCAGCUGCAGCAUCCGAGCACAGCAGUGGUAAUAGUGAUAGUUGUCCCAGCGACGGAGAGGCCAGCUCCUCCCAUAGCGUCUUGUCGGAUCCACUAAAAUCGGAGUUCCCUCCCCUCCGCGUCAAAGCCCCACGCAGAAACACACAAAGACAAAAAAGUGGCAGUGAUGAAAAGUUGGCCCUCCUCCAACAAAAUUUAAAAUCUGUUGCAGACUUCCAAACAAAUUUGGUUGCAAAAAUAGAUAGGCUGGUGGAGACGCAGGAGAAGAUGCUAUCGGUACAAGAAAGAUUACUGGCGAUAAAAGAGGAAAAGCACCGCAUUCAACAAACCUCGCGAGAAACUGACGUAGAAAUAAAACGACUAGAAUUAGAAACAUUAGCCAUGGUAAUUAAUAAUCUCAAACUCUAAAUAAAGUUUUUAUUCAAAUCCGGAUAUCUGUAUUUCAUAUUUGUC